AUGUCUAUAUGGCAAGAAAAAUGCAUUCUGGAUUAUCAUAUUUAAGUAUAUAAUAUUUAAUGAAGUAAUAAAUAAAAUUAGAUGCAUUAGAAGAGCUAUAUUAGAAAUAUAAAUAAAAUGAAAGACGAAUUUCAAAAUAAAAUUAAAAAUAUGAAAAAAGAAAGAAAUAUAAAAAUAAGAAGAAGAAAAAGAAAAGUAGUAGUAGUAGUAGUAGCUCAUCAUCUACUAGUUCAAAUUUUUAGAAAAUUACUAGUUCAAGUGAAUCUGAUAGUCUUCCUUCUUUACCUUCAAAUUUUAAAUAAAAUAAAAAACAUGAAAAAUAUUAGACCAAAAUUUUAGAUUUUACUUUUGAUAUUAAUCCACCUAAAGGUAAUUAUUUGAUAGAAUAUGAAUUGAAUGGAUAAAAGAAAAUGACUUGUAUGUAAAAUUUGAAUGAAAAAAUAUAAAAACUAAAUAUCUAAUCACAAUAAAUAUAAAAUGAUGAUGAUAAAAAUGAAAUGAAUGAUGAUAAUAAUUUAAAGUAUCAAUAACCUUAACAAAUUUAGAUAAGAUUUAAAAGAUGAAUUAGAAUUAGGAGUAAAUAGAUACUAUUAAUAUAAUCCAUUUGAAUAUUGUUAUAGAUGUAAGUAGACUGGACAUUAAGAAAGAUAAUGUACUGAAUAAUAAAAUAUAUAAUGCAAUUAUUGUUUAAGUUAAAAACAUGUAGGAGACGUAUGCUCUAAUGUAUCUUGUUUUAGAUGCAAUCAAAUAGGUCAUAGAAAAUAUGAUUGUAAGGUAAAACAUAUUUAUUAAUAAUAAGUUUUAACUAAAAUUCUAAAAAUGCAUAAAUUGUGGGAAAAAUAGUCAUAAUGAAUAAGAUUGUGGAAUUUUGGUUCAAUUAAUAAACAAUUAAAAAGAAUAGAUCUAAUGUCUAGUUUGUAGAAAUUAUGGACACAUUAAUUGCUAAAAUAUUAUUAUUUGA